GUCACCAACCAGUACCCAUUCGAUAGUGAGCCGACACCAUGUCAUACCAACUCGUGGAAAUCGCUUCUGAAAAUUGGCUAGAAUUACGCGAUUUGUACCGCUCAAAUUGGCCUGACCACGUGUUUGCCUAUGGAGUAGUGGACAAUUAUUGGAACUGGAAGCAAAAAUCCAAGCAGCUUCAAUACACGGAAUCCGACGUGCAAAUUUUCUCCCUCAAUGGGUCGUGGCGAGAGAAUGGAACUUUCUUGUUGUUUGAUCACUUUGAAAUCUACUUCUACUCUUGUGAUUCAUCCGAUAACUACGCAGGAUUGACAGAAGCUCUACUGCUGGUUGAAUGGGGAAACUACGCUGAAGUUAGUAUGGAUUUUGUCGAGAAACACCGCCUUGCAUUGGAUCGGGCUAUAUCUACGAAAAGCUUGGUGGUUGUAAACGACGAAGUAACCAACUUUUUAUAUAUGCCAAAAGAGGAUGCUUCAUCUCUUGAAGUGAAUUUACCGAAAAGUUUCCACAUCAAUCGGUUAUCACUAGAUAAUCUCGACUACGUUUACCAUCAGUGGCCAUUGAGGAACAGCAUCAGUGUAGCUGCUGGCUAUAACCUUCUGGAGCGACUUAUCUUGUUGAAUGAUAGCGUCGGUCUUUUCGAUGAAAGUGAUAAGCUAGUUUCCUGGUGCUUACGGGAUCAAACUGGUGCGUUUUCGGAUUUACAAACAUGCCAGCAACAUCUAAGGAAGGGAUACGCUAGAAUGGUGAUUAAGGAGUUUGUGCGACGAUUAGCAGCUGAGGGAAAUGAUUCAUAUGCGUUUGUUCUGCGUAGCAAUGAGAAUUCCUGCAGGUUGUUUGAAUCGGUUGGAUUUAGGAAAAUUACGCAUCUUCAUUGGAUUGUAAUACGAAACGCCAAUAUAAAAAGCAAAUAACUAAAUAAACUAUCAUAUUGUAAUCAAAUCUUUGA